AUGGGGAAUGCAGCUUCAAAAAUGUGCUUAGCCCCACCUCCUUGAGUGAGCAAAACGUUUGGUAUAAAAAAACGUUUUGGUAUAAAAGUGAUAAUUAAUAUAACAAAACUCAAGCUAAUUAUAUUGGAUUUUAAACAGAUUGCAUUAAAAGCAUAAAUUUUUAAUUCAAAACAUAUAAUUUUUUAAAAAAAAAUUAACCCUCCUCUGUUACCGCACAAUUUCUCUUGUUCUCACACAGAGGGGAGUUAGAAUGCUUCAAGCCAGCAGAUGACGACCCUUUACUGCCUGAAAAAGAAUUAGAAGAGUCUCAUCCUCAGUUAGCUCAUAUUCCAGACCCAAAAGUUCAAAUUAAAACAAUUGAUCCAAUGCUCGAAAUCAUUGAAGAACAAAAUACUGUCGAAUCAAUUGAACUUGAUGAUGUCCCAUCUGGACCAAUUUUUGAUGUAGGACUUCUAGGAAACUUAUUAGACAAAGCAACAGCUGAUUUUGUAGCUCAUCUUCAAGCACCUAUGCAAGAAGAAGGAUGCCAAGAGAUGUCCAAAAAGGAUGGCUUUUUGAUAUACGCUAAAGAAGUGCCCGAAGGUGUUAUGGUCAAGGGCCAAUGGUACAUGCCGUAUGGUGCCAGAGAAUUUUUCGAUUUUAUGACUAAAGUAGAAGAUAGAUGCAGAUGGGACAAAAGCUUACUCCACACCAUGAACAAGCAAAAAUUGGAAAAAUCCCUAUUUUUUCGGUACAAACUCACCUUCUGAACGAACAAAAAUUUUUGUGAAAAUGUAUAAACUAUGAUUAUUAUAAUGAUAGCUUUAAAUUUAAACAGCUUGUAUUAAAACAUAAAUUGUAGAAAUUAAGUUAAUAUUUGUUUUAAUGGGAAUUUUGAAAAAAAAAUUAACUCCAUGAGCGAACAAAAAAUAUUUUUGCUCGCUCAUGGGGUGGGGAGUUAGAAACUGUCAACAUCAUAGCGAAAUACCCGCCAGAUGUCAUUGUAACCCAUUCAAAAUUCAAAAAAGUUCCCAUGAUUUCUUCAAGAGACGUUUUACUCGUAUCGAGAGUAGAAAAAGCUCAUAAUGGAACUUUAUUGAUUAAUACCUCUUGUGACCAUCCUGAUCUUGAACCGACAGAAAAUAUUGUAAGAGCGACUGUGAAAUUGAGCGGCUAUUAUGUGGAGCCAAUUCAGAUGGACGAAGCAGGAAAUAAAAGCAAAGUUGUUUAUAUAAAUAUUGUGAACUUUGGAGGAAAAGUUCCGAAAUCGAUAGUGAAAUCGACAUCAGCCAACCAUAUUCCAGCAUUUGUGAAGAAGUUGCAUUCCGAGUUAGCUUUAAUUGUGAGUAAGUAG